AUGUGCUGGAGUUCUCCUAAUGUGAAAUCCGAAUCGUCUGGAGUUAAGGAGGUUGUAGGCAUGCUUCUUCUGAUGGCGUGUGCAGGAGCCCAUCACCGGCAUCUGCGCCUGGAGCCCCCUGGACACUUUCACGCCUUCUUCACUGGAGACAGCUUCUUCGUCACUUGCUUGGCAGGGGAAAGGAGUGGAGCAACCAGACUCACUUGGCAGGCUCCCACUGGUAGAGAUAUUACCAUCAGCACUGGGAGGGUACACGUGGAAGCCUCUCCGCACAAUCCUCUGGGGUUAGAGCUAGUCUUCGAAGACGUUCGUUAUGAAGACAGAGGGAAGUAUAGCUGUUCUGCCAUCAUUGAUGGAAAAGAGACUAAAACUCACUUCAUUCUCACUGUCUACCUAUCAAUAUCUUUCUGGGGCACACCUGAACAUCAGUACGGGAAAGCUGGAAACGACUUCAUGCUUAUAUGUAAUGUUCGCUCAGAUCCGUCGCCUAUCGUAUCAUGGUAUGUGAAUGGGACCCUUGUUCUGGAAGGCAUGCGACAUACGAUAACAGAAGACGGCCUGUACAUCCGGGACCUGAAACCGUCAGAUGCUGGGAAUUACACGUGCCGAGCAUUCGUCGUUGCGCCCCACAGCUCACAGAUGAAGGAUCGGAACAUAAUCGUCCACGUCCACUAUAGGCCUGUAUGGCACUCACCCCACUUAGAACGAGCUCAUGGAAUCAUCGGAUCAUCAGCAAAUCUCACCUGUGCUGCCCACUCCCAACCACCACCUGUUUUCGAAUGGUUCCGCGAGAGGGCACUGCUGGGGAACAGUCCAAUCUAUAAGAUCAUCAAUGAGAAGUGGAAAAGCAUUCUACAGAUCAAGAUAAAAGACUCUUCCGUAUUUGGCAACUAUCAAUGUGUUGUGAGCAAUAUCAUGGGUGAAGCUCAAAGAACCAUAUCUUUAAUUGAAGGAGUUGUUCCAAAUCCUCCCGACGUCAGCAUUUGGAGCGAUGAACCGGGAGUAUUGAUUUUGAAACUUAUGCCAUCGCCGGAUGAUGUGCUUCCUGUGCUUGGAUAUAGGAUACAGUGGCGACUUGUUACGGAUAAUGUGUGGCGACAAGAGUUAGAAAAGAUUCAUUAUACACAAAGAGGAAAGCUACGUAAGUUACAAGAAACAAAUAAGUACCUUAGAAAAGAAAUGCGAAAACUUCAAAAUAGUACUAAUGUUCUCAUCAUUAAUAAUAAUGAACAGUGUGUUGAAAGCAAGAAUUUGAGGAUGACAUCAGUCCUUGCUAAUCCUCAUACUGAAGAAAAGGAAAAAGAAAUUGCAACUGAUGACAAAACAGAAAGCAAACUAGUUAUUCAUUCAGAGCAAGAUGAUGGUGUACUUGUAGCAGAAAAGCAAGAUACAAUUGUCUUAGCGGCCAGCCCUACCCUGCCAAAGCAGUCCCCUAAUGUAGAAGCUGAACCUCUUGGAAAAUGA